AUAUAUAUAUAGUACAGGCCAAAAGUUUGGACACACCUUCUCAUUCAAUGCGUUUUCUUUAUUUUCAUGACUAUUUACAUUGUAGAUUCUCACUGAAGGCAUCAAAACUACGAAUGAACACAUGUGGAGUUAUGUACUUAACAAAAAAAGGUGAAAUAACUGAAAACAUGUUUUAUAUUCUAGUUUCUUCAAAAUAGCCACCCUUUGCUCUGAUUACUGCUUUGCACACUCUUGGCAUUCUCUCGAUGAGCUUCAAGAGGUAGUCACCUGAAAUGGUUUUUCAACAGUCUUGUUGAAAAGACCUCUACGUUAAAUUGUUGCUGUAAUGUAAAUCUCUCAAAUAUAUGAAAUCUAAAUAUGCAAACAGACUGCCCAACUCUAUUGAAUAUACACAUGAAGAGACACUGAAAAUAAUACGGUUCACUUUUAAAUGUAGACCAAAUCUCAUUGUUUUGUAUUAUGUUGUAUUUUUUAUAAUUUGUAUCUGUAUUUAUAUUCCACAAAAGCAUAUUGCUGCCACACCAGGCAAAAAAAUAAUGGAUCAGUAUUACGUUAUAACGUUAAAAGUCUAUUGUUCUAACAAGAAGUUUUUCAUGUUAUAACAAUAUAGUUUUGUGUUAAAGGGCCAGUGUAUAAAAUGGGUUGAAAACAGUGACAUCAGUGGUCAAAUUCUAGAUUGCAGGACUCACUUGCUCACCCCUCCCGCUGGAUAAAUGGCGGUGGCCUCGUAGGGACAAAAAGCCUUGUGCACAAGUUUUUCAGGAGUAGGUCUAUCUAGCUACGAAGUGAAUGUUUAUUUAGAAAUCUAAACCAUGUUACGAUAUUGUAAUGAAUCCCUCACGAGCAGAAGACCAGAGGAGCUUUCGGGGAAAAGGCCAGUUUAUUUGAGCACUCCAAAAACUCCAGUAACACUCCAGGCGAUAAAAGACUCCGUCCCAAACUCUGACUCUUCUAGCGUAACAGACACACUUCAUACACACAUACCUGUUUACCAUACCGAGUGGGGACCCCCUCCCCUCUCUGCUCCACCAAUCUCCAGCCCGCACAAUGACUGACAGCGUAGCCAGUAAACAGAGCUCAGCUGUUUAUUUAGCCUAGCAAUAUCUCCGGACUAUAGUAGCUGCAAUGGACGACUUUGAACGCGAUUUUGAAGAGUUUCUUGUAGCGGACACAGACCCAGAGCCAUACCUGUUUGAGCUGGAGCAUACAGAUGAGGAACUCCAUGUGUUUGAUGCUGAGCGAGAAGAGAGGCUGAAUGCACAGAAUGGGAUUCGGUGCUACUGCUGCCAUCGUUGGGGAGAUAUAUCAUCAGGAGGAAAAGCGCCACAGAGAGUGCAUCACAAGGAGUGAAGUUGCGUCUUCUUUUCCUCGCAGAUGAAGGUUCGGGUUCAUUCUCUCCUGUUGCGUGCUUUGCAGCAGCCAUUGUCCAGACUGCCCUGCUUGCUUGCUUACUGUGGGUCUUGUGGGGCCUAUGCCACAGUUACAAACCAACGUCGACAAGCAACACAAAGUCCAGUUCGGUCCACCAUGUUUGCUUCAAUCAUCCUGCUAUGGCUCUGCAUUGGCUUCCUCAUCCUUCAACUCAAACCCCGGAGGCCCAAAAACUUUCCACCAGGACCCCCUAUUCUGCCCAUACUGGGGAACAUUUUGCACAUGAGCCUGGAGAACCCCCUGGAGGACUUUGAGAGACUGAGGAAGUCUUAUGGAAAUAUUUACAGUCUGUACCUGGGUCCAAGACCAGCUGUAAUCAUCCACGGGAUGAAGGCCAUGAAGGAGGCUUUAGUGACCAAGGGCAUUGAUUUUGCUGGAAGACCGCAAGACCUGUUUGUCAAUGACACUACCGAUAGGAAAGGAGUGAUUCUGGCAGAUUAUGGCCCAAGUUGGAGGGACCAUCGCCGCUUUGCUCUGAUGACCUUGAGGAACUUUGGUCUGGGGAAGAAUUCCAUGGAGGAAAGGAUUCAUGGAGAGAUAAAAUACAUCAUUGAUACACUGGAGAAGAGCAUUGGCAAAUCCAUGAGUCCCCAAGUCAUGUUUCAUAAUGCAGCGUCCAACAUCAUCUGCCAGGUUCUGUUUGGUACACGCUACGAGUAUGAUGACAAAUUCAUCAAAGUGAUUGUUCAGUGCUUUACUGAGAAUGCCAAGUUGGCCAAUGGACCGUGGGCUAUGCUAUAUGACUCUCUUCCUAUGAUUCGUAGCCUGCCGCUGCCCUUUAUGAAGGCCUUUAAGAAUGUUGAGACUUGUCAGAGAAUUGCAAAACGAUUGUUGAAUGAGCACAAGAGUACCAGGGUCCCCGGACAGCCACGAGACUUUGUUGACUGCUACCUGGAUGAGAUGGAUAAGAGAAGUGGUGAUGGUUCUUCAUUUACAGAACAACAACUGUCUAUGUACGCUCUCGAUAUUCACUUUGCUGGGACUGACACUACCUCCAACACCCUGCUUACUGGUUUCCUCUACCUUAUGACCUACCCACAUGUACAAGAGCGUUGUCAGCAGGAGAUAGACAAGGUGUUGGAGGGGAAGGAUCGAGCCAGUUUUGAUGACAGACACAACAUGCCCUACAUGCAGGCUGUGACCCAUGAAGUGCAGAGGGUAGCCAACACUGUUCCACUCAGCGUCUUCCACUGUACAACUAAAGACACAGAACUCAUGGGAUAUUCCAUUCCUAAGGGUACACUGAUCAUCCCCAACUUGACCUCAGUGCUGAGAGAGGAGGGACAAUGGAAAUACCCCAGUGAAUUCAACCCUGAAAACUUCCUCAAUGACCAGGGAGAGUUUGUGAAACCAGAGGCCUUCAUGCCUUUCUCUGCAGGUCCUCGCAUGUGUCUCGGAGAGGGUCUGGCUCGUAUGGAGCUCUUCCUCAUCUUGGUGACGCUGUUGAGGAAGUUUAAGUUCAUCUGGCCUGAGGAUGCAGGAGAGCCAGACUACACCCCGGUCUAUGGGGUCACUCUGACUCCCAAACCUUAUCGCAUGAAGGUCCAACUCAGGGAAAUGCAGUGAGCCCAGAAUUUAUCCAAAAUGAUGUUUUAACCAUUAUCAGGAAACAGAAAAUGACCAGCCAACAACAUGUUGAGCAGCAACAACAAAUCUGGAACAUUUUUGUAUGGCCUACUGGGCACACUGUUUGGCCUAGGGGCUAACUUUACUUGCCGAACUUCUAUUUCCAGCUCUUUUGAUAAAUCAACCAAUGAAUUUGUAACAUGAAAUCAUAAGUAUAAAAUAUAACUUCAGCGACAUGCCAGUCAGUUUCCUCAAUCUGUGAAUUGCAAUAUAUUCCCUUUCCGUUUCCUUUACUGCACUUCUUACAUUGUAGGCUGUUUCCAGACUGCAGCCCCAAGCUGUGGGACAGCCACACAGAGUGUGUCUUUAUGAUAUUCCAGAUGAUUCUGGUUGUGAAAUGAUUUAACUGUAGUUUUGGGUUCAAUUGUGUCGUUGUUUUACAAAUUAAAUCCACCACAGACGCGGUAAUGUUGACGGUGGUGUCCUGGAACGGGCUCCAGACUGCGUCAGUAGUGCAGACUUUAGGAUGGCCACUGACCUCUUGUGUAGUAUGUCCAAUAUUUUGACCUCAGCAAGAUGGCUGCAUGGACAGGAAAGGGGGGGAUGCAGCUAAGGGUCAGAAUCAAACUUGCACCUCUGCAUAAGGACUCAGAAUUUGUAGUAUAUGGACUACUUGCUCUGCCAGGUGAGCUACCAGUUUUUUAUUUGCAUAUAGCAGUGAUCCUGAGUGUUUAUUUCACUUGAUUAUUGCUGUAACCAUAUAACAAAGGUCUUCUUACCUUAAAGUACUUUUUCUAACCCAAACCAUGGAGUUUUUAUAAACCAAGUUGUUAUUGCCUUAAUCUAAGCAAACCUUAAUCGCAGUAGUGCAACAUCAUACAACAGACUUAUUUUUCAACGUUUUUAUAACUUUUUUGGAAGUAAUGGAGAAUCUACAUUGUCAUGCUUAUAGGAAAGAUCAGAAAACCACAUUGAGUUUUUUCCUUUAGUGGACAAACAACGUAUUUUGUCGUUUCAUUUGGAGAACUUGUUGCUUCCAUGACAUGCCUUGAUAUAUACUCCUAAUGUUCACUUGUUUGUUAAAAAAAAAAUGCUUUAAUAUGCAGUUGGUUUACAUGGGGUUGAUAUGAUGGAGGGCUUUCUGGCGUAUUUGUCGUGUUUUUACUUUGGUGUGUAACAUUUCUGAAUAUUGCAUUUUAAUGAUAUGCAUCUUUGUGCUAAAUAAAAUAAUCUUUAAU